GGCGCGCGAGCCCCUCGGCGGGAGAUCUCCGGCGCGGCUCGCCCCCUACCUGCCCCACCCCCAGUCCUGCCGGCCGCGGAGGCGGCCCCUUUAAGAGCGGUCGAGACGCCCCCUGGCGGCGGGACGCGGCAGCGCAGCGCGCGGCCGGAGCUGGAGCUGGAGCCGGAGCCCGGAGCGGAGCCGUAGCGGAGCGGGGCCGAUCGGGCCGAGCCAGCAGCCGAGCUGGGGGCGCGGGCGGGCGGUAUGUACCGGGCCCGGGCGGCGCGGGCGGGGCCGGAGCCCGGCAGCCCGGGGCGCUUUGGGAUCCUCAGCACCGGGCAGCUCCGAGAUCUGCUUCAAGAUGAGCCCAAGCUGGACCGGAUCGUGCGGCUCAGCAGGAAGUUCCAGGGUCUGCAGCUGGAGCGAGAUGCCUGCUUGGCAUCUAACUACGCGCUGGCCAAGGAGAACCUGGCCUUGCGGCCCCGCCUGGAGAUGGGUCGGACAGCCCUGGCCAUCAAGUACCAAGAGCUUCGAGAGGUGGCUGAGAACUGCGCACACAAACUGCAGAGACUGGAGGAGAGCAUGCAUCGCUGGAGCCCCCAAUGUGCGCUGGGCUGGCUGCAGGCUGAGCUGGAAGAGGCUGAGCAGGAGGCUGAGGUCCAGAUGGAGCAGCUGCUGCUGGGGGAACAGAGCCUCGAGGCCUUCCUGCCAGCCUUCCAGAGAGGCCGUGCCCUGGCUCACCUGAGGCGGACCCAGGCGGAGAAACUCCAGGAAGUGCUGAGGCGUCGGGAGCGCUCCGCCCAGCCGGCUCCCACUCCUGCCGCUGCCGCCGCUGCCACCGCCGUGGAUCCCCCCAAACCCUUUCCAGCUGCUGCCGUGCUGCCCACUGGGGCCGCCCGGGGCCCACCUCCAGCAGUACCCCGGAGCCUGCCCCCUUUGGACUCCCGCCCAGUGCCCCCACUGAAGGGCUCCCCCGGGUGCCCCUUCGGCCCAGCCCCUCUGCUGAGCCCACGACCCUCUCAGCCUGAACCCCCUCAUCGGUAGAAGCCAGGGUGCGGCCUCCCAGCGGGGGUCCAGACAAACUUGAUUCGUGGCUCCUCCUCCUCCCCCACUGUUUGGGUGGGGGGAGGGGCAGGCCCCUCCCCCUAGCCUCAGGCAGGCCCAGGGCCCUGGAGGCUGAGCUGGGGAAGAGGGGCUCCCCGAAGAGGCCCGAAAGGGCUGGGGGUGGGGUGGGCAGGGUGCUGGACCUCAGUCACCAAGGAAACUCUGCCUUUUUUAUUUUAUUUUUUUCGUCUCCCCGGCUGGGGUAUUCAGGGUGCCAAGCCAGGUCCCCAAAUGAAAAGAGAACUUUAUGGGGUCCUGCUUCCCCCAGGGAGGUCUUGCUUGGGGGCCUGUCGCACUCUGCCACACUACUGGGCUCGAACAACCGCCAAGGCUUACUGGAUUGUUUUCCUCAUAUCCUGAGCUAACCCUUCCUGCAGCUGGGGGCCCUCCGCCUAGGAGCCAGGCUGUCACACCCCAGCUGCAGGCCCAGGGACACCCUCCAACGGCUUUGCAGCUGGCCCUGGGGCAAGGUGGAAGAGAGGCUUCCGACCUGCACAAGUGAGAGCCUGCCAUCCCCAGGAAAGACCAUUCUGUAUUUUUCUGUCCCUGUCUCCUUAGAAUGGAACCUUUUUGAGGGCAGGUCCUUGUCUUUGUAUGUUCUGUCCCCAGCCCCGCCUCCUAGGGGCUGUCAAUAAAUGUGCUGAUGGAUGACGGUGA